ACUACACGUACGUACACGAUUCUCGCUGUAAAGUAAUUGGAAAUACAUGUUCUACGCAGUUGCACUUCUGGUACUGCGGACAGACUGACAGGGAGUUUCUCUAGGAAAUUAGCAGAAAAAUCGAAAGGGUCACGUUUACAGCACUUCCUGGAAGCAUAGCCGUGUAUUUCUUUGGACAGGACGUUCUGUGGCUUGCCAUAAGUUGACCAGGGUCACGUUUACAGCACUUCCUGGAAGCAUAGCCGUGUAUUUCUUUGGACAGGACGUUCUGUGGCUUGCCAUAAGUUGACCAGAAUGAAGCCUGUGAUGAAGAGACAUCUUUUCUGGCUGGUGAUUUGUAUGGCCUUUGUAUUACCAGAAAUGCCGGUGUCUGCUCUGGAUCUGCAGUUACCUGGUACCAAUCAGCCCAAAUGCUCUGGAAUCUCAAGAGGUAAACGCUUUAUUAUUGGCUUUACCGAUAACACCGAUGAAUACUCUCAUACAAGGAAGCUGUACAUUCUCGUGGUUGCUUUUAGCAAUCAGCAAACCUCCGUUACUAUCAGCAGUAAGUUUCAAGUGGAUGGGGAGCAGUUUCAGGAGAGUUUUGUGAUAGAAGCAGGUGGAUAUCGACGAAUCAAUGUUCCAGCUGAACUAAUCAUGAACGGCAACGAAAGAAGUGUGAAAGGAAUCGAAAUAAGGGCUUCUAGUGAAGUGUCUGCGUACGGUCUGAUUUACCAAGAUUACACAACGGAUGGUUUUCUUGGUAUACCCACAAACAAUCUGGGUAUGCAGUACGUGAUUGUAACACCUACGCAAGGUUUUUUGCCGUCACAGUUUUCUGUCAUCGGUACAGAAGAUUCCAGCUCGGUUCAGGUUACAUUACAGGGCACUGUUACAUUCGAAGGACAGACUUAUAAUGCUGGUGACGUGCUGAGCUUCAUGGUAGAUAAGUUAGAAGCCGUUCACAUCCAAGGACGUGACAGAUCACAGGACUUGACAGGAAGUAUUGUUCAGACCAACAAACUGGUAUCUGUGUUCAGUGGUAAUGAAUGCGUAAGGCAGAGCGGUUCAGCUUGUGAUACAGUGACAGAGCAAUUGGUACCCGUCAAAAGUUGGGGGCAGAAACACAUCUACACAGCAGCCCGAGAUGAUGACGGCAACAACUACAAGGUUGUUGCUUAUUUGAGUGGAACAAUCGUUACAAUCCCUGGAAUUCAAGAUCAGUCACUGGAACCGGGAGAAUUUUGGGAGGGUAGCUUGUCCGGUUCUGGACUCGUGUCGUCCAGUAAACCAACCCUGAUGAUGCAGCAGUUGGCAUCCGUAAACGGCAGGACGGUCGACCCUUCAUUUAUUCAGGUUCCUGCAGAGGAACACUUUGGGUUUGUGUUUGGAUUCACGACCCCUCCUCAUUCUGGAGGUGAUUCCGGUGGUUACUUCAAUUUCAUCAAUAUCAUUGUGAAAAAUGAUUCCCGAGAAACUGUAUAUCUUAAUAGUUUUCCAAUCAACGGUACAAAUACACACGAAAGUAAUGUUCCCCACACUAAUUACAUAUCACUUACGGUUCAACUGCCAAAAGGUGAAGGUGUCUACUACGUCGAACAAACAGAUCCGUAUUCAUCACCCCUGUCUGUCAUUGUAUAUGGAUAUGAAUCUUACGAGACAUAUGGCUACGCUGCUGGUCUGUCUCUACCAAGCAAUAAACAAGUGCUGAGUUUGAAACCUUACUAUUUGCGAGAACUUGGUGGCGAGCUUUUUACAAUGACUGUUCCCUGUUUGCAGACAAACGCUAUAUCUUUUCAAGAAGCACAGUGCAAAUUUUCCACUGGCUUUGGAGACGUCAUUGUUUCUGGUGAACGCACCGACUCUUACACUGUUGUCUGCAUCACUCCCACCUUUUACAAGAACGGACUUACAUCUGUCUAUGUAUCACUUGACGACGGUGAAUCAUUUCCAUACUCCGGCAUUGUCUACGUUGCAUCUGAAGAGGAUCUGCCGCCACUCGUUGAAAUCCAACAGGUGAAUUCUGAGUAUGGAGAUGGCAUCAUUGACCUAACCUCAGAUGAUCCGAUCAUGUUCUCCUGGGAUCCUAGAAGUCUUGGUGAAGGAGUUUCACAAGUUACUGUUAUGAUGCAAGACACAGAUUACAACGGCGAUGUGAAUCCAGUCUUGAUGGAAGGGGUUACAGUGAAGAGCAAUGUCUUGAACAACGGUAGUCUGAUGAUAUAUCCAAGAGACCUCCAAUCCCUCACCAGUGCUGGUUUGUCACUCACUGCAUUUUAUCUUACUCCCUCUGCAUUGAGAAGACGAAGAAAUGUUGGAGCUUUGUUGUGGCGCUUAAGAAGAUAUUAUGGUCCUGCUGCAAUUAUAGUUACUGCAAUCACCUGUGAAGUUUCAAAGUACCAGUUAAAGAAGACUGUGCCUACAGGACUGCCUCCAUGUCCUUGCAACACGGGACAAGCUUUUCGAGACCUGAACUUCCAAGAGGCGAAUUUUGCGAAUUUCUUCUUCCAUCCGGGUGCUGAUAACUGUUACCGGUCUGUUAAUUCAUUGCCGACUGGAGCAGGUCAACAGUGUUGUUACGGAACAGACGGUAAUAUCCUGGUAGGUCCCCCUGGGGGAGGAACAGCCGAUAGGUACAGUCCAGGAGAGCAUUUCUGGAAGCAUCAAUGGUUCGAUGUUCUUCCUUGGCUUUGCUUAUGCAAACUGUCAAACAACUGUAAAGAAUAUUACAAGUACAGGCCAUCGGAUGAUUGUUCUGACUACGACCCACCUCGCCCGGCUGGGGGCACUGGGGAUCCUCAUCUGACAAGUCUGGAUGGCUACAAAUUCACUUUCAACGGAGCCGGGGAAUUUCUGAUGGCGUCUUCUGCAGUACAUAACUUAACCUUUCAAUCUCGUAUGGAGAGGUACCGCAACACCAAUGCCUCUGUGUACACGGCAUUCGUUCUUCAAGUGAACGAUUCUUCAAAAGUCCAGGUGCAGAGGUCUGACAUGAACGAGACACUGAUUCUUAUAGACGGUGAGCCGUUGCGUCUUGACUCCAUCCCCGUCAAAGUUCAUCACCUCAGAGGUGUUCGGAUCCGCUUCAACUCUGACAUGACCAAAAUCAACAUUGCAUUCAGUGCUGGCAUCGCUGUCACCGUGUAUAUGAAUACCGAGGUGAUGUCUUUCAUUGCUCAACUGGACACACAUUUCCAGGGUCAAGUUCAAGGACUUCUUGGAAACCUAAACGGAAACCCAGCUGACGAUCUUCAGUUCCGAAACAGAACCAUUCUGGAGCCUGGUUCUUCGCUGAAAGAACUUCAUGAAUUUGGUUUAGAGUGGUUGGUGGCUCUAGAGGAGUCCAUAUUCACCUACAUCUCCCCAUUUGACUACCACACAUACCACUUUCCUGAGUUUUCCCCGACCUUCGAAAUUCCUAAUCUAGAUGAAGUGAGUCAGGAAAUCAAAAACUUGUGUGGCGAUUCCAUUGAGUGUGUCUUUGAUGCGGUAACCACCGGCAGCCUGUCUUUUGCUAACGAGACUCUCGUGGUUACAGUCACAAUAACUGAAGUCGAGAAAGGGUUGGUCAAGAUUGUCAGCUGUGGCUACCCAGGUGAUGUGGAGAACGGGUUGCUGUCGGGGUCUCUGUAUUUCGUAAAUGCUACUGUGGAUGUGGCUUGUGAUGAUGACUUCAUCUUGAGAGGGUCUUCCAGAUUGACCUGUCUUGAAGAUGGUCAGUGGUCGUCUGAUCUCCCUGUUUGUGCUGCCAACUGUGGCUACCCGGGUGAUGUGGAGAACGGAUUGCUGUCAGGGUCUGUGUAUCUUGUGAAUGACACUGUGGAUGUGGCUUGUGAUGAUGGCUUCACCUUGACAGGGUCUUCCAGUUUGACCUGUCUUGAAGAUGGUCAGUGGUCGUCUGAUCUCCCUGUUUGUGCUGGCAUGGAAAAUGGCGAGGAGGGAGGACUAGCUCAUGGCAUCAUAGCUGCUAUAGUUGUUGGUUCCGUGAUUGUUGUACUUGCAAUCUGUGGUUUGAUUUACAUUUUCAUCAAAAGAAAAUAAGUUUCAACAACGAAAGAAAGACUCGUCUUGAAACAGAUACCACCGCACAAACCACAGUCUCUUUACAGCUGAAUAACACUGUAGAGGUAUCGCGAGAGCAGUGGUAAAUUAUUUGUUUGUUAUCCCGAUCAUUAUAGCCAAAUCAACACACUAAGUAAAGUACAUUAAUUUCAUUUUUAAUCGCGCUUAUAAAAGGUCGGGCCUAGACCUUCAAGCGAGCUUAUCAGAUAGAAUUUCGCUCAGAUUACCAAGAAAACAUAUGAAGUGAAUUGCUCAGAUUACCUGCGUAUAAUAACAAGGAUAGGAGUCUGGAUCGGAUGCAUAUUUGUUUCCUUGGGUGCUUUUAAGCAGUAUAGGCCUCGUAGCCCUCGUUACACGUGCACAGCGUGGAAGCCAAGGUGGAAGUUUAAAUGUAGAAUGUAAGAGUGCGAAUUUUGUUAAUUAUAAUUCAUAACACAAACAUUUCAAUGUUGUACUCCUUAAGAGGCAAUCAUGUUGUGAAACAGGUUCUUUUCAACAGGCAAGUUAUAUUCCUUAAACCGAUAACAAAAGAAACAAGACCCGAAAAUUGUUUUAGUAAAACUAAAAGUAAGCAGAAUUGUUACAAAACCAAGUAACUGUAUGAAUGGUUUGUCGUGAAAAUUAAAUUAAGUUCUGAAAACAACACUUAUGCAUGUAUUCAUAUAUCAACAUGUUAUGUAUACCAAUUUUAUUAUGUAGAAAUGAUUGCUUUUGUUACGUCAUUACAAUAUACGGAAUGUAGUUUUAUAUCGUUUAUGAGUUUUAUAAUGUUAAUGGCUAUAUAGUGGUGUCUUAAACUUUGCUUCAUGGAAACUUCACCAAUAGCCGUUUUCUUAGACUUUUCUUUAGAGUAGGUAUAUUUUAUGACCUUAUAAUUUAGAAAUGCAAAAUGUUUUGAUUGAUUUCAUGAUUUAAUAUCAAGAAAAAAUAUCAAUUCAGCUUUUCAUUUCAGGUUACAAAGACUUUUUAACCACCUGUUGCGGUUGUUUACUUAUGUACAUGUAUAGUGUUUUAAUUUUAAACGUUCGUUUAAAAUCAAUAUUGUAGUUUUCUAUAAAUACUUAGAUUGUAACUAAUGUGGAUGAGUUAAUUGAUGAAGGGUUUUCAAUAGAGCAUGUAGACUGUCAACUAGUUAAAGGACCAGGACAUGAAUUUUACUGGGGAACAUAUAUUUCGCAACUUUCUUUUCUUCUUAAGGCAUGAAAACUAUUUGAAUCGCAUUGUUGGUUAACAUUCUUUAAACGUUUAAAAUGUUCCAUGCAUUUCCUGACAACUGAGGGCGCUCUUGUAGUCUCUUUAGGAACACACUCUUCAGUUUAGGGGUUUUCUGUUCCAAUUGUGAACCCAAAAAUUUGUGAGAAAAGUUUUUGGACAAACGCAAAAUUUGACUAUGAUGGAAUUAACGAAAAGUGUACGUAAACUAUUUCCGCUUUAACGAAUUACAGCGCGGUAGAUUGAAAGACUUUUCCAGUAUUGUUGAUGGGCAGGAAAAGAUAUAUUAUUUAAUUGGAGGCUAUUGUUAUUUGCAUGGUGUACUCAGUAAAAUUGGUUGAAUUUGUCGUUGAAGUAUGGUCAGAUUUGGGAAAUUGUCUUGUAAACGAUUGCAUUAAAAGGUUUUAAUUAAAACGUACAGAAAUAUUGCAUUUAACACAAAAUAUUCUCGCUUUUAAUUAUUACAGCGAAGUAGAUUAAAAGGCAAUUAAUUAUAAUCGAGUGUGUGGGAUAGAUAUCAUUGGGUUUAAUUUAAUAUGCAAGGCGUACUUUUGUAAAUGUUUUUAUUAAAAUGCGCAGAAAAAUUGCUUUUGUCACACAAUAUUAUCGCUUGUAAGUAUAACAGCGAAGUAGAUUGAAGUAUAAUCAAGUGUAUGGGAUGUUAUAUUAUUGAGUAUGCCAGGUGUAUUCGCGUAAAAGGUUAUAUUACAAUGUGGAGAAAUAUUGCAUUUGCUAUAAAAUAUAUGUUUUGCUUAGAAUUAUUACAGCGAAGUAGAUUUAAAGGCCUUCGAGUGUUGUUUUGGAUUUCAUAUCAUUGUAAAUCAGUUGAACACCAAGAUGUACUUAACAUUAAGUUAACUUUGAUUGUACUCAGAUUUGAACCGAAAAUAGCAAAGGUUUGCUUAAAAAAAGUCAUGCACGCAGAAUAUAUAUCGAAAGACAGCU